AUGACCAAAAACCUCGCGCUCAAUCUAGAGCUUCCAUGGGUAGAAAAAUACAGACCCCACAAACUCAAAGAUAUUGUCGGUAAUGAGGAAACCAUCGAGCGUCUCAAGCUCAUCGUCCAGGAUGGUAACAUGCCCCACAUGAUCAUCCUGGGUCUUCCAGGUAUUGGAAAGACAACCUCUAUCCACUGCUUGGCCCAUGAGCUUCUUGGCGAUGAGCUCUAUCACCAAGCCACUUUAGAGCUCAACGCGUCCGACGACAGAGGUAUUGACGUGGUCAGAAACAAAAUCAAACAGUUUGCUCAGACAAAGAUUCUGUUACCUCCAGGAAGACACAAAAUUAUCAUUUUGGACGAGGCAGACUCCAUGACACCUGGAGCACAACAGGCAUUACGUCGUACCAUGGAAUUGUACUCGAACACCACCCGUUUUGCCUUUGCAUGCAACCAAUCUUCCAAGAUCAUCGAGCCUCUACAGUCCAGAUGCGCCAUUUUGCGCUACAACAAGCUUGCGGACGACCAAGUGUUGGCAAGACUUCUUGAGGUGGCAAAAAUGGAGAAUGUUCAGUAUAAUUCGGAGGGAAUCAAGGCAUUGAUCUUCACUGCCGAAGGUGAUAUGAGACAGGCCAUUAAUAACUUACAAAGUACUGUGGCAGGUUUUGGCUUUGUAGAUGACGUGAACGUUUUCAAGAUCGUGGACCAGCCACAUCCGCUAGUUAUCAAGAAGAUCUUGGGUUUCUGCGUGUUGGACAAGAACAUCGAUGCCGCAAUCGACUUGCUCGAUACGCUUUGGGCCAAGGGCUAUUCGGCCAUUGAUAUCGUUACGCUGUCGUUCAGAGUAGCCAAGACGUUGCAAGGAGUCACCGAACUGAAACGUCUAGACAUGAUCAAGGAAAUUGGCUUCACACAUGUGCGGGUAUUAGAGGGAGUUCUGACGUACUUACAAUUAUGUGGAAUGUUUGCCAAACUUACGGAGAUUAAUUAG